AUGACAGUACAGAAAAGAACCCACGCUGAAGCUUUCAAAGAAGAAGUCAUUCCAAAGGCACUUGGGAAACUCAACCCGAGAAAUAUAAAAGAUGUGACCAUUUUCAGUGUCUUAAAGCCUGCAUAUGAACAAAUCUACCAAUUAAUAGAAAACACUAUCAAGUUCCGAGACGGUAAGUCAGCAAUAAUUAUUGGACCACGUGGGAUUGGCAAAACAUGUCUCGUUGAGUAUGCAAUCAACGUUCUGGAGAAUGAGAAGAAGUUUGAAUUUUUCACCAUUCGGAUACAUGGAUCAAUCUUUAGAGAUGACGCCAAGGCCAUAAAAGAAAUCGCAAGGCAAUUAGACUGGUAUUUAGCCAAAUAUAACCCGGAAGAGCGUCAGCGCUUGAAAAGGGCAACAUUCAAUCAGGGGACUGUUAUGAGUACGAUGAAUGUCAUAAUUGAUAUACUUGAUCGAACGAAAUUAAGUGAAGAGCUUGAGGAUGAGAAAUCAAGUGGAGAACACAAACAUCAAAAGUCACAUUUAUUUGUACCCAUUGUCUUUAUUAUUGAUGAGAUUGACAAAUAUACUCAUAGUACCAAGCAGACGUUGUUAUACAAUUUGUUUGAUAUGGCGCAAUCUUCAUCAAGGGUAGGCUCGAAGAAAGGUACUACAAUCACGGUCAUUGGAUUGAGUACAAAGACAGGGGUACGUGAACAACUGGAGAAAAGAGUUAAAAGUAGGUUCAGCCAGAGAAUAAUUCAAAUAAACAAAGUGAAUGAUCUGGGUAGUUUUUGUGAUUGUAUCUACGAAAUGGUGAAGUUAGAAGGGCCAUUCGAAGACGCAAAAUUAUACAACGAUUUUAUGAAGAAGGCAAUAUAUGAGAAGGGAGAAUUGAGGAAACAAAUUGCGCAAAAUUUUUACACUGUCAAAGACUUAAAUGGAAUUCGGAACGAAUUGAUUAUAUUUAUAAUGAACAAGUGCAAGGAUGCAAUCUACCAACACAUGAGAGACUAUAGUAAUCGUAAUACGACCAUCAUGAAGUGUCUAAGCGACAGCGAGCUGAAGCUACUCAUUUGCUGUUGUCGCUCGAAAAUAAAGAACAAUGUUUCGCAGAUUAAUUUUGAUAUGGCAUUCGAGGAGUACAAAUCCAUGGUAUUGAAAGAACGGCGAGAAAUACAAUCCAAGAUUCAAGUUGCAGGGAUGUCAUUAAAUGAUAACGAGGACACGUACUUACUUGAUAGAGACGCAACACAAAUCUGUUGGGAGAGGCUCUGUGAUUUGGGGCUUCUUGAGAGACAGCAUGUUUCUUUCUAUGGUACAUCUGCGGCUAUUGCCCAAACAACGCGGGGCGAGGAGCCCACCAGUAAGAGGAACGCGAUGAACAGAGGAAUGGGGCUUUCCAGCAUUUCUACAACAACUGCCUCCUAUGCCAAUGCAGCAGGAGCGAUGUCUCCUAGCGGUGUUUCUUUAUGUAGUGUAGAACUCGAUGACAUAGUGCUGGAAAAUGUCGGUCAAAGCGACAACGACGAAGGCCACGGAGAUAGUGCCCGUCAAGAAUGGAUGUCUCGUUGGUGUCGACUUGGUUAG